AUGGAGUUCGUGUCCCUCCUACUAUUUCUACUGUCAAAGUCAUUUAAUGCGACGUGGCUCUAUGACGGCACUAUAAAUGUGGCGUGUAUCUCGAUUGGGUCUGCUUUAAAGAAGCUGUUUAAUGAGGGAGUAGUGGAGCGUGAGGACUUAUGGAUCACCUCCAAACUCUGGUGUACUGAUCACGCGCCAGAUGAUGUGCCAAAGGCAUUAGAUAAAACUUUGAUGGACUUGCAACUUGACUAUCUGGAUCUGUAUCUCAUCCACUGGCCCGUUAGAAUGAGAAAGGAUUCGGUUGGCUAUAAGCCUGAAAAUGUUAUCCAACCCGACAUACCAAGUACAUGGAGAGCAAUGGAGGUGCUUUAUGAUUCUGGCAAGGCUCGAGCUAUUGGAGUGAGCAAUUUUUCUUCAAAGAAGCUUGGGGAUCUGUUGGAGGUAGCACGAGUGCCUCCAGCUGUUAACCAAGUUGAGUGUCACCCCUCAUGGCAGCAGCCAGGAUUACAUGCAUUUUGUAAAUCAAAAGGAGUUCACUUAUCUGGGUAUACUCCUUUGGGUGCCCCUGGUAGGUGGUCUAAGAACGAGGUGCUUCAGAAUCCAAUUCUCCUUAUGAUCGCAGAGAAGUUGGGGAAGACUCCUGCACACGUGGCUCUUCGUUGGGGGCUGCAGAUGGGUCACAGCAUACUGCCUAAGAGCACAAACGAGGAAAGGAUCAAAGAAAAUCUUGAAGUUUUUGAUUGGUCUAUAUCCAAAGAUUUGUUUGCCAAGUUCUCGGAAAUUGAGCAGGAGAGGCUUUGUAAGGGUACUGCAUAUGUCCAUGAGACCUUUGGUGCCUACAAGACCAUUGAAGAACUUUGGGAUGACGAGCUGUGAGCAGACAUUUGGUUUCUG